AUGGCUGAUACUGUCGUACCAAAAACAAAUGCUAAAACUGUUUCAUCAACAGAAGAAACUCUAGUUGAUGGUGAUGUAGUUACAACAAUAACAUCAAAUAAAAUGGUUAAUCCCGAUCAUUCAGUUACUACAACUACAACAGUUGAUAAAACUGAUCAAAAAAAUGGUGAAAAUAUUGUAACAACUUUGAGUCAAACAACAUCUUCGACAGGUCCUGAUCUUGAUAAAAAAAUAAUUCGUCAAAUUGAAUAUUAUCUUGGUGAUGUUAAUAUGGUACGUGAUAAAUUUCUUAAAACAGAAGUUACAAAAGAUCAAGGUUGGAUACCAUUAUCUGUUCUAACAACAUUUAAACGUCUUCAAUCAUUAACAACGGAUUUUAAAACAAUAACUAGUGCAUUAAAAAAUUCUGUUUCGGGUCUUUUACAAAUUGAUGAAACAGAACAUAGAAUUCGUCGUAAUCCAGAACGUCCAAUACCAAAUAGUCAAGCUGAACUUGAAUUAGCAUUACGUAAUCGUACAGUUUAUGUAAAAGGUUUUCCAAAAACAGAUGAUGUUACCAUUGAUAAAUUAUUAGUAUUUUUUGAACAAUUUGGUUCUAUAGAAAGUGUUCAAAUGAAAAAACAAUUUAAAUCGAAAGAUUUUAAUGGUGCUGCAUUUGUUGUUUUUCCAACUGAAGAAAAAGCUCGUGAAUUUAUUGAAAAAUCGAAAGAAACACCAAUUAAGUAUGAAGAUGGUUCUGUAUUAGAAAGUUCAUUACAAGAUGAUCAUUAUAAGAAGAAAGCUUUAGAAUCAGCAAAUGGUGGAAGAGCAUCUAGUGAUAAUGAAAAAUAUAAAAAAAAUAAUGAUAAAGAAAUACGAAAAGAAAAACGAAAAGAAGAUUUAGAAAAACAAACAAAUGAACAUUUAGAAAAAUUAAAUAAUGAAAAUUUACCUGGUGCUCUUAUUCAUAUUGCUGGUAUGCCUUCUAACGGUACAAGAGAAUUAAUUAAAGAAAAAUUUAAUCCAUUUACAAAAACACCUUGGAUUGAUUUUAAUAAAGGUGAUGCUGAGGCAUGGGUACGAUUAAAUGAAGCUAAUACAGCAAAAGAUGUUUUAGAAAAAGUAUUAGCCGCUGGACAAGGCAAACUUGUUAUAGGUGAUAAAGAAGUAACUAGUCGUAUAGUUGAAGGUGAAGAAGAAACACAAUUUUGGAAAGAAGCUAAUGAAAAACGUGCAGCAGAACGAACAAAGAAACAUCAACGAUUUGGUGGUAGUAAACGUGGAGGACAUGGUAAACGUAAUACUCGUGGUGGUGGCGGUGGUGGUUUUGGACAAAAACGAAAACGUGAUGAAGAUGGUAAUCAAUCAAAUGAUCAUGAAAGACAAUCAAAUUCAUCGAAAAAACCGAGAGAAACAACAGUUGAUUAA